CGCUCACCCACCCACUGAGAUGGAGUGGGCUCCAAAACUGCUUCUUUUCUGCGCACUGUGCAUUUCCUUCACAUUAGAUGCCACCGCGGAAACUAAAGACCAAAACAGAAACGCAAAAGGAAAAAAGAAAGGAUCCACAAAGGUCAAGAUUCAGCGCCUGAGGGCUCAGGAAUCCUCACCAGACCCAGUGCUGAGGGUGAAUCCAGGGGCCUCAACAGACUACACCCUAGUGGAGGAUUACGAGCGGAGCAUCCAUGAGAUGGUUAACCAGCUGAAGAACAUCUCUGAGCCUCUGGACAGCAAGUGUCAGGUCAACUUGAGACUCUGGAUGUCCAACAAGAGGAGUUUGUCUCCUUGGGCCUACAGGAUAAACCAUGAUGCAGCGCGAAUCCCAGUUGACAUUCCAGAGGCACUCUGCCUCUGUGCAGGAUGCAUCAAUCCCUUCACCAUGCAGGAAGACCGUACACUGGUCAGCAUUCCUAUCUACAGCAAAAUCCCAGUGCGCCGUCUGCUGUGUGACCCAAGCAAAAGUCACAGAAAGAAGAAAAAGUGUCACAAGGAGUACAAAACGGUCAUGGAGACCAUUGCUGUAGGCUGCACUUGCAUCUUCUGA